GGCAAGCGCAGCACUUUCCGCGGCUUUGACGAGCCCGCGGCGCCCGGCCCGAGCGCUUGCUUAGCCGGGCGAGACUGCGCCAUGCAGGAAGCGCCAGCCGCGCUGCCCACGGAGCCGGGCCCCAGCCCCGUGCCUGCCUUCCUCGGCAAGCUGUGGGCGCUGGUGGGCGACCCGGGGACCGACCACCUCAUCCGCUGGAGCCCGAGCGGGACCAGUUUCCUCGUCAGCGACCAGAGCCGCUUCGCCAAGGAAGUGCUGCCCCAGUACUUCAAGCACAGCAACAUGGCGAGCUUCGUGCGGCAGCUCAACAUGUACGGUUUUCGGAAGGUGGUGAGCAUCGAGCAGGGCGGCCUGCUCAGGCCGGAGCGCGACCACGUCGAGUUCCAGCACCCGAGCUUCGUCCGCGGCCGAGAGCAACUUCUGGAGCGCGUGCGGCGCAAGGUGCCCGCGCUGCGCAGCGACGACGGCCGCUGGCGCCCCGAGGACCUGGGCCGGCUGCUGGGCGAGGUGCAGGCUUUGCGGGGAGUGCAGGAGAUCACCGAGGCGCGGCUGCGGGAGCUCAGGCAGCAGAACGAGAUCUUAUGGAGGGAGGUGGUGACUCUGCGGCAGAGCCACGGUCAGCAGCAUCGCGUCAUUGGCAAGCUGAUCCAGUGCCUCUUUGGGCCACUUCAGACAGGGUCCAGCGGCGCAGGAGCUAAGAGAAAGCUGUCUCUGAUGCUGGAUGAGGGGAACUCAUGCCCAACACCGGCCAAAUUCAACGCCUGUCCUUUACCUGGUGCCCUCUUGCAGGAUCCCUACUUUAUCCAGUCGCCCCUCCCAGAGACCACCUUGGGCCUCAGCAGCUCUCAUAGGGCCAGGGGCCCUAUCAUCUCUGACAUCCAUGAAGACUCUCCCUCCCCUGAUGGGACCAGGCUUUCUCCUUCCAGUGGUGGCAGGAGGGAGAAGGGCCUGGCACUGCUCAAAGAAGAGCCGGCCAGCCCAGGGGGGGAAGGCGAGGCCGGGCUGGCCCUGGCCCCAAACGAGUGUGACUUCUGCGUGACAGCCCCCCCCCCACUGCCCGUGGCUGUGGUGCAGGCCAUCCUGGAAGGGAAGGGGAACUUCAGCCCCGAGGGGCCCAGGAAUGCCCAACAGCCUGAACCAAGGGGUCCCAGGGAGGUACCUGACAGGGGGACUCUGGGCCUGGACAGGGGGGCGCGAAGCCCAGAGAAUCUGCUGCCUCCCAUGCUGCUUCGGGCCCCCCCUGAAAGUGUGGAGCCUGCAGGGCCCCUGGAUGUGCUGGGCCCCAGCCAUCAAGGGCGAGAAUGGACCCUGAUGGACUUGGACAUGGAGCUGUCCCUGAUGCAGCCCUUGGGUCCAGAGAGGAGUGAGACUGAGCUGGUGGUCAAGGGGUUAAAUUCUCCGGGGCCAGGGCUGGCACGUGGCCACAGCAACCUCCGGAACUCAGGGGCUUUUGGGGUCACAUCCAGCUCCACAAUGCAACUGCUCUGUGAUCCUGGGGACCCAAGGAGGAGCCUGAGGAGGCGACAGAAGCGGCCUGAGAGGCAGGACAAGUCCUGUGCUGAGGAGCUGUUCCGCUGCCUGCGUCGAGCCCCCGCCAUGGGCAACGCCCAGGAGCGGCCCUCAGAGACCAUCGACCGCGAGCGGAAACGCCUGGUGGAGACGCUGCAGGCCGACUCGGGGCUGCUGCUGGACGCGCUGCUGGCGCGGGGCGUGCUCGCCGGGCCCGAGUACGAGGCGUUGGACGCGCUGCCCGACGCCGAGCGCAGGGUGCGCCGCCUGCUGCUGCUGGUGCAGAGCAAGGGCGAGGCCGCCUGCCAGGAGCUGCUGCUCUGCGCCCAGCGGACCGCGCGGGCGCCCGACCCCGCCUGGGACUGGCAGCACGUGGGCACCGGCUACCGGGAACGCAGCUGGGACGCUGCGUGCCCUGGCCACUGGACGCCUGAGGCCCCUGGCUCGAGCACCACUUGCCCGGAGCUGCCCCGAGCUGCGGACUGCGGCGAGCCGGGGGCUCCUGGGGGCUCCGAGGCAGCGCAAUCAGGAUCCCUCGAGGAACCCGAUCCCGAGCUGGAAGCUGGGGCUGAGCUGGAGUCGGAACCCCAAAUGGAUUUGGAACCAGAACCGGAGGCAGAACCGGAACCUGAACUGGAGCGGGAACCCGAACCGGAGCCGGAGCCUGACCUCGAGGCGGGUGAUGAGUCUGAAGAUUCCUGAAUGCUGGAGCGCUCUCAGGCCGCUCCCUGCUCAAGCCAGAUAGGAGCUGGGAUUCUGCACUGGCUGGGAUCCUUGCCAAGCCCCCGUCUGACUCAGUACCCCAGGAAGUGAAUAAACUCCGGAGGUUGUCUGGGC